AUGGUAGUCGGCAUAAUUAGCUUUACGGUUUUGCUUGCAUUUCUUGAUUUAUCCGUAGUUGAGGGAAAAUAUAUCCAUUAUCCGGUUCUUGCGCCGGUUCGUUACCCGAGACAUCCACCACCGGCAUUUUCAAAAACCCCUUAUAGAAGGAGUUGCAAUCCGGCUGAGAGAUGCCGGGGCAACCCACCACAGUCGAUCAACAAAAGUUUUCUAAAAUUAAUUUUGCACGUGUGCCGCGACCAAAAUGACAUGCUGCCGGAGGAGGAGCGCCAACGCCGCAUAGAUUUCGUGCCGGAGGAGUCCACCAUCAAGAUCGACCACGUCGAGGCUCUGCAAAUUUUCGAAGAAGAGGGCUGGAGUGAAGAAGCUCCGCAACUUUACUGUUGA